AUGGAAAGAGCAUGGGAUCAUUUUGGGGAGAUUGCAAAUGUGGCCCAAUUAACCGGGCUAGAUGCGGUGCGACUGAUAGGGAUGAUUGUUCAAGUGGCUAGCACGACGCGUAUGCACAAGAAAAACUACAAGCAGUUUGCAAUGCAUUUGAAGUUAAUUGGGAAUCUUUUACAACAACUGAAAAGGUAUCCGGAGACCCGUGAACCGUUGGAGCAACCCGAGGAAGCGUUACAGAGAAAGGUUAGGUUAUACACUGUAUCUGCUGUAGCAAGAGAAGUGGAGAGCAUAUUAGGUUCCAACCCAGGAAUUCCACUGUUGGCACUCCAAGACCAUUUGGAGAAGAAAAACCAGAUUCAGUUAAGUUUAAAGAAGACAUUCAGGGCAAAGGUAAUGGCUUUACACAGAAUAGAAGGUGAUUUCAAAGCUCAAUAUUCUAUUUUAAGGGAAUAUUGUGAAGAGCUCCUUAGAUCCAAUCCUGGCACAACAGUUAAGAUAGAUGUGGAAAGGGAGUGCAACCGUGCUAGUCCAACAAGACAGUUCAGGCGAAUUUACAUAUGUUUGGGUGCUCUCAAAGAAGGGUUCAAGGCUGAAACUAAAAUCAGUUGGGAGUGGUUCUUAGGGAAUCUUGGAGAUGACUUAGGUCUUGAUCAACAGUCCUACUUCACAUUCAUAUCUGAUAGACAAAAGGGUUUAAUACCACCACUUGCAAAGAUAUUCCCAUUGGCAGAGCAUAGGUUCUGUUUACGACACAUCCACAAGAAUAUGAAACCAGGAUGGAGUGGAAAUUUAUUCAAGGAAAUGUUAUGGGAUGCUGCAUGUGCUACUACAAAGCCACAGUUUAACAGAAAAAUGAAUGCCAUAAGACUACUUGACAGUGACUUGUUUGACUGGUUAAGCCAGAUUCCACCAAAAUCCUGGGCAAGAUCACAUUUCACAGGUAGGGCCAAGACUGAUGUCUUGUUGAAUAACAUGUUCAUAGCUAAAUGUAAUGGACCUUUGACUCCAUAUGCUACAAGAGUGUUUGAUGAAAUCAAGGCUGAUGCAAGUCAGUAUUCAGUGUUGAUGGCUAGUAGGGGUAGAUUCCAGUUAACAGGUAUGCCAUGUAAACAUGGUGUAGCUAGCAUAAGGGAUAUGGCAAGGAAUGGUAUGAAUGUGGGUGUUUUAGAGUCAUGGGUUGAUAAGGUUUAUUGGCUUCAAACCUGGAAAGAUGUUUACAUGCACACAAUUGAACCUAUCAGUGGGAGAGAGUACUAG